UUUUUAGUGCGGAAAAUGCGUAUAGUAAUCGGAGUAGUUUGUUUUCAUUUGAUAGUACCAAACAAGCAUUUGAAUUUAAAGAUAGUGGUAAUGGAAAAAUUCCACUUGAAGAGGAUUUGGAUGAUGAUGAAAAUGAAAUUAUGCAUAAAAAGCUUCUAUUCGAGCACAUGAAAAAGCUAUAUGAAUUAUGCGUAUUUAUUGAUUAUGGAUGCAAGCUUGACGCAGCCCAAAUAGUAGAAAUUAUUGUAUCUAUUGAAAAACUCAUGAAUGAAGAUGAAAGACUUGACUACAAUUAUGUAAUUAAAGUGUUUCGAAAUGUCAGAAAACAUUGUCUUGAAAUUUUGGAACGAUUUAUUAAUAAGCAACUCAAAGCAAUUGAAGAUACUAAGCGUUUUGUAGAGCGUAUAGAAUAUUCAAUUAAUAGAGCUUAUAAGCUAGAAAUACGUCAAAUUAUGAAGAGUGGUUAUGAAAAGAUUGUUAAAACGAUGUUUGAUUGUUUAGAAGCGAUUUCAAAAGACGAAGAAUCACUAAUGACUUUAGAAGCUUAUGCCAAAUCUGUUGUCCGGAGACCGUUUGGUAAACUGCUGGACUUCUUUGAAGGAAUAGAAAGUCUUUUAAGAACGACGUCAGCACCAGAAGAAGUUGGAUUUCGGCUCAAAUAUAGCAAAGAUGCUCUAAAGAAAGUUGUGUCACAGUACCCUGGAAAACCUUUAAAAUCCGCUCUUAAUAUAAAUUAUUUUCAUAUAGAUAAGAAAAGACUUGAUUUCGUUGUAUAA